GCUUACAAGUAGCAAAUCGGCGACCUCCUGUCGCAGCUCGCGGAGGAGCUCCGUGGCGGUUCAUGCUCGCUUUGGCCGCGACUCGGGCCUUAUCCUUGGACCGAAUGGACCUAACAACAAUCCUGGCAAUAACAACCAGAAGAUGAAGGAGCAGCGGCUAAUCCUGCCGGGGCAGCAGCAGCGUGGCGCACCUGGCGGAGGCCGCAUUGUGUUCCCGGAGAAGCAGGGCGGCAGCGGCAAGCCAGGAGGCGCAAGCAUGGACAACUUCCUGCCAGAUGACAGUACACUGGGUCUAGUAGGCGAGUCGCUUGUCGGUGGCCCCGCGACACUUAACAAGUAUCGCCCGCCCGCCGGUUUUAUGAACGAGAACCUCCCGGAGGACGCAUACAGUAGCAUGGACCCUCAGGAGAUGCUCAACAAACUGCGUGCGCGCGCUGGGCACUGGCACGAGCUUGCCAAGUUGAUGGCGCCGCUCAACUCAAGCGGCUACAGCUCGUCGGCCAUCGACGAGUUGACGGGUAUCACGCCGCUGGAGCAGAGCAAGUGGGUCGUGGCGGCGACCGUGUAUGAGUCCGUUAAGGCGUCGCCGGCGGUGUCCCCGGACACGCUGCGCCACUUCAACCAGGGCGGCGAGGAGCUGCUGCACCCCUUCCGCUUCCUGUCCGCCGAGCGCCGCGUGUCGGCCGCGCAGUACAUCGCGGAGCAGAACCUGGACCCGCCGAUGUGUGAGAUCCUGGCCCGCUCCAUGAAGGAGUACGAGCGCCGCCCCACCGAGCGCGUGGGCUUCACCGACCACCCCGCCGACUGCCUGGCGUUCAAGUACCUGCGCGACGCCAUCGAGUGCCGCAAGCGCGAGGAGGCGGUGCAGAAGGUGGAGCAGGGCCUAUCAGUGGCGCUGUCAGACGGAGCGCGGCAGCGGCUGUACGAGCUGCUGGCUGAGUCGCCCGAGGAGGCGGACACGGGGUCGGGCGUGUCGGCCAGCCUGGUGACGCUGCGGCUCAACCCCGAGGAGCUGGGCGUGCGGCCGGUGGCGGUGCUGGGAGAGCUGGGGCACGCUACGAUCGACGACCUGCAGGCCGCGCCUCGCGCCAGCCAGGGCGGCGCGUUCGGCAUGUUCACCAUUGAGCCCGCCGACGCCGACGCCAGCGCCGGCUCCUCAUCCGCCGCCUCCACCUCGGGCCGGCGGGCGUCCGCCGCCGCCAGCAGCUGGGUGGCGCUACCCAUGUGGCGCGCGCUGGCAAUGGCGCGGCAGCCGGUGGGGCUGAUGCUGAAGGACUGCGCCGCCGUGCAGGCGGUGCUCGCGGGCAGCAAGGCCAAGACGGACGAGGACAAGAAGCGGCUGAGCGGCCCGGGCAUGAUUGUGGCGGACAAGGCGCCCGCCACGUGGCAGGAGGCGGGCCUGGACGAGAACGCCUGGUACCUGGCGCAGCCCGAGGGCGCCCGCGCCAUCCAGCUGGUGGACGGCCGGCGCGCCAAGGCGCAGGAGCUGGACAAGCGCGGCGCGCUGUGCGGCGUGGUGCUGUUCCUGGCGCGGCCGCCCGUCAAGGAGACGGAGGACCGCGGCCACAACCUGCUGCAGGUGUAGGGGGCUGCAGGUGUAGGGGGCGGUGGGUGCAGAUGGCGGUGGGUGCGGGUGGUUGGUGCAGGAGGUGGGUGCGGGUGGGUGGUGCAGGAGGUGGGUGCGGAGGUUGGCGGGGGCAGGUGUUGGGGAGCGGCAGCGGGCGGAGGCGUCUGAUGGAGCGGCAGCGGGCGGUGGCAGGUAGGUGCGCGCGCUUCUAGGCGUGUGACACAGAUACAACACAUGUUAUACACACACAUGGGCACCGCGGGCCACGUGUUGAUCCAUGCUUUGUGUUCAGAAGCAGAAGCAGGGCGGGGGCAGCAUCCGGCAGUGCAAGGCGCGCAGGUGUGGGCACGGGCGGCAGGCGAGCUCUGUCGCGUGAGCUGCAUUUUGGCAGGGCUAUUGCGGUUCCGUCAGCAUGGUUGUUGCAACUGUGUUUGUGUUGUGAUGGUGAUGAGGGCGGUGCCUCAAAGCACAUAGGCAUCUGGGGGAUAUAGUCGGAUGUGGUGGGGCCGCCCGCCAGGUGUUGGAUGCGCGUGUGCCUUCGUGUGCUGCCACAGCUUUGUCAAGUGGCGGCCGAGCCACCUUCUUCUGAAACCACAGAGCUGAUGAGAUUUCCAUGGCCGCGAUGCGCAGAUGGCUGUUAGGAAGCGCCGCACGCACCAAGCGCGCCGGGCCCAACCAGGGGCAGCAAGGAAGUCGGGGAGUCGGUAUGGACCGGUACCAACUUCGGAAAGGCUUUUCCCCUGGCUCCCGCCUCGACCGGCGGAUGAAGCCACAUGGCAUGAUGGCUUUCCUGUAUGUCCUUUGGGAAUGCUGCGAAGGUGCAGAGCGCACGAUGGCGCCAUCAACACGUGCAGUCGGGUGGCAGCACUUUAGGCCGGAGGUUUCGUUUUGAGUGUAUAUAUGUGAAAGGAAUAAAUGCAUGCGUGAAGCGAAUUGCUCUAGAGCUGUCCAGAAAACGCGGUCUGAUGCAAUGAGGAACCCC